AUGACAGCUUUGCUUGACCUAGAGAGCCAUUUAGUGUUCUACAGAUCAUACCAUUUCAACCAGACCAAUAUUGCUAUCCAUCUCUGCUGUAUCCCAAUCAUUUUACUUUCAUCAAUCACAUUUUUGAGCAUCAGGGAAAUUCCUUUCUUGGAUAACCCGUAUGUAAACUUGGGCUCAAUUUUGGCUUUCAGCUUUGGCACAUUCUACGUGUUGCUCGACUGGAAAUGUGGAAUUCCAGCCUUUGUUGUUUUAACUUCUUACGCAAUUGGACUCAAGAAUUACUAUUUGAAUGUUGGCCCUACAUCCCUUUUUACCCAGGAUGAAAUCAUCAGAUACGCUAUCUAUGCCCAUAUUGGUUCUUGGUUGGCUCAAUUCUAUGGCCAUGGAGUUCACGAAAAGAGAGCCCCAGCUUUGUUGGACAAUUUGAUGCAAGCAUUGGUAUUGGCUCCUUUCUUUGUAGUCUUUGAGAUUGCCUUUGGCUUGGGCUACAGAUUGGACUUGAAGAAGAGAAUGGACAACAGAGCUGGUGUCAACAUCAGAAACUUCAAGUUGCAAGAAAAAGAAAAGUCAAAGUAA